GGUGGUAGCGUCGGUGGCUCCCGCGCCUCUUGCAACCGCGGUGCGCCACGACUGCUGCAAAACCACUGGAUCUUUGUAGCAAAUUAAAUUGCGAAAUCCCAGUGGCCUGCCACAUGGUAACGUGGCACGUCCAGGCGCUCGCCAAUUACUCACGAUCAUCGGUUAUUUUAUUACUUGUCUUUUCUCGCGGGUUGGGUAAUCGGAAGAGUUCAGUCCCGAAUUUUGGCCGCGAGCUUCGUCCAGCAACCUCGUCCUCGCCGCCGCCAUGCCGAUCCUCCUUCGCCGCAACGCCCCGCGCCCGUCCGUUGAAGAGCUCGUGGACCCGAUCUCGACCCGCGACCUGCUGGCGCCCGCCAGCAAGGCGACGGCCAAGCCCGAAAUGCGAAGAGGGUCUGUGCCCGUGUUGCCGUCAACGGGCGAGUCGUACUUCAGGAAGGGCCGUGGGCGCAACUCGGAAGGCAACUUUCUCAACAACAACGUCUUCUUGCAGCCUACGACGGUCUCUGGCCCUGCCAGUGCGAAGGACCAUGAAGGUUUGUCCUCGGGGUCGGCGUCGCCCAUGGACGAGGAUGUGCCACCACCGCGGGAAGAGAAGCCGCGGGUAUCGACGUACUCGAUGAUUGUGAACAACCCGCUCAUGGUCAACACACUGGCACACGAGCUGAGCCUGCUGCCAAAGACGUACCUGCGUCUCGCGCUCGAGCGCGUCGUCUCGUCCGCGUCCCGAUCCAUCUCGAGCAUGCGCCGGCGCCCAAAGAAGAGCCCUGAGACCAAGCCGAGCGCGACGUCGCCACAAGUACCGCCGUCGUCUGGCGCCACGUCGCCCACCGAGAGCGACCGCAAUUCGACACAGCAGUUGCCAAUCGACUAAGUUAGCGCGUUCUCGCUUGCCCUUGUACCAUAGCUGUAUUCACGAACACGACGGUCGAGCGCGUUCGUCCUAGAAGCUGCAUGUCCUCGUCGUACUAAAGUGACGUUUAACCCUAUCAACAAGCUUCACGCAAUGCAAUCUUGCGUGGAUGAACCACAA